GGGAAGCGGCAGCGCUUCGUGGAUAAGAACGGACGGUGCAACGUGCAGCACGGGAACCUGGGCGGUGAGACCAGCCGGUACCUGUCCGACCUUUUCACCACGCUGGUGGACCUCAAGUGGCGCUGGAACCUCUUCAUCUUCGUUCUCACAUACACCGUGGCCUGGCUCUUCAUGGCCUCCAUGUGGUGGGUGAUCGCCUACAUGCGGGGCGACCUGAACAAGGCUCACGACGACAGCUACACCCCCUGCGUGGCCAACGUCUACAACUUCCCCUCCGCCUUCCUCUUCUUCAUCGAGACCGAGGCCACCAUCGGCUACGGCUACCGCUACAUCACGGACAAAUGCCCCGAGGGCAUCAUCCUCUUCCUCUUCCAGUCCAUCCUGGGCUCCAUCGUGGACGCCUUCCUCAUCGGCUGCAUGUUCAUCAAGAUGUCCCAGCCCAAGAAGAGGGCUGAGACCCUGAUGUUCAGCGAGCACGCGGCCAUCUCCAUGCGGGACGGCAAGCUCACCCUCAUGUUCCGCGUGGGGAACCUCCGCAACAGCCAUAUGGUCUCGGCGCAGAUCCGCUGCAAGCUGCUCAAGUCCCGCCAGACACCCGAGGGUGAGUUCCUGCCGCUGGACCAGCUGGAGCUGGACGUGGGCUUCAGCACAGGUGCCGACCAGCUCUUCCUCGUCUCACCGCUCACCAUCUGCCACGUCAUCGAUGCCAAGAGCCCCUUCUACGACCUGUCCCAGCGCAGCAUGCAGACGGAGCAGUUCGAGAUCGUCGUCAUCCUGGAGGGCAUCGUGGAAACCACGGGGAUGACGUGCCAGGCCAGGACAUCCUACACCGAGGAUGAGGUGCUGUGGGGCCACCGCUUCUUCCCGGUUAUUUCCUUGGAAGAAGGGUUCUUCAAAGUCGACUACUCGCAGUUCCACGCGACGUUUGAGGUCCCCACGCCGCCGUACAGCGUGAAGGAGCAGGAGGAGAUGCUGCUCAUGUCCUCGCCCCUGAUAGCACCCGCUGUCAGCAACAGCAAGGAGAGGAAUAACUCGGUGGAGUGCCUGGAUGGUCUGGAUGAGGUUGGCAUAAAACUACCUUCCAAACUGCAGAAAAUAACUGGAAGGGACGACUUCCCUAAAAAACUCCUCAGGAUGAGCUCCACCACCUCAGAGAAGGCCUACAGCAUGGGCGAUUUGCCCAUGAAACUGCAGCGGAUCAGCUCAGUCCCUGGGAAUUCAGAAGAGAAACUGGUGUCCAAAGCCACCAAGAUGAUGUCGGAUCCCAUGAGCCAGUCUGUGGCCGACUUGCCGCCCAAGCUCCAGAAACUGUCGGGCGGCGGGCGGAUGGAAGGGAACCUUCCUCCAAAACUGAGAAAAAUGAAUUCGGAUCGCUUCACAUAACCCAGCUACCAAGGCCGGACUGCCCCAGCAGGAGGAUGGCCUACCAGAGCUCCACGUGGCUCCAUGCCCUGUGCUGGCAGGGCUGUGGGUACACCAGCAGGCUGCCCGGGGCCAGCAGAGCCGUCUGCCCCCGGCAUGUAGAACCACGAUGCGCAUGCAAUAAUAGUGUGCAAUUCCUGCAUCUGAUUUUUCUGGCAUGGCUCCUACUAUAUUUAUUACUGUAUAUUCUGAAAAAUGCAUCCAGGGGUGUUCCGUUCCCUGCGUAUUUCUUAAGAGUCAGUAGCAGGUAAAACGUGUGAGUGGGUAACUUUCAGGGUAGGUUAUAAUUUGAGUUCGUUUUCUUUUUUUCUGACGAGGGUUGUGAUGUUACACACUGGAACAGGUUGCCCAAGGAGGCUGUG